AUGAUUGCUCGGUUUCUCCCGGACGAUGCGAAUCCAGCCAUACGCCCUUUGUCUGCCCCAUGUUCGCAUUGUCACGCAGGAGCAGCCGGUCGAUUGUCACUGGCACCAGGUUUCGUUCAAUAUCUCCCCCCUCCUCUUCUCCCCUCCCCUAUGAACACCGUGGACUGUCGUCGUUCAGUUUCUCGCAGGCCAUAUGCUCACAGUACACCGCCCAAGGCUGUGAAGAGUCUUUAUAAAUAG